AUGUACCUAAUAGAAUCCCCGAUUUUUUAUUUGGUACGUGAGGAUGAACGCAUGGCCUUAGAGUCAUUGAUAGCUUUACAAAAACCUCAUGAAUUAACAUCUGAAACAUACGAACAGUUGGAGGAACACAAACGUUAUUUGGCCGAAAGUAAGGAAAAAACAUUUAAGGAAAAUGCCAUCUACGGUAUCCCAGCUUUGUUAAAACUUUGUUUCUAUCGUUCCUUUAUGACUCUUGGAUUUUCAUAUUUAGUUAAUUUUGCUUUUGCAUAUUCGUCGCUUGUUACCAUAGAACUCAAUUCAUAUUCAUAUAUUUUCUAUGCAUUUGCAAAAUUAUUAGGUCCAUUGAUUGCCUCAUUUACAUUAGAUUCCAUAGGCAGAAAACCAACUAUGAUUAUAGGUUUCUUCGGUAGCUCAAUUUUGGCAUUCGUAGUGGGUGUUAUUUUUAAAAAUGAAAUAAAUUAUACCAUCAUCGAACGCAUGAACUCCGUUAAAUAUGUUUUAAUCUUCUUUCAACUUUUCUCCUCCCUAUCAAUGGCUUCGUCAUCGGCCUAUUUGAGUGAAGCUUUUCCGUUGCCGGUUAAACGUCAUUAUUUGACCAUUGUUUUUAUCGUAGAAAUGCUUGUUCACAUUAUAAUUGGCUCUAACAAACAGCUAUUUAUUGUUAGUAAUAUAUUCCUUAUCUCUGAUUAUUUCCUAACUUUGGGUUCUCUCUCACUGGUAUUUUUACUGAUGUCAGUAUUUGUUAUGCCAGAAACUAAAUCGUGUUCUCUACCUAUAAUGCGUUCCAGAGUAUUAAGAUAA